AUGGCACAAAUGUCAUCAAAAGGAGUGGAAACCAUUUAUCUCUCUCUCGAGGUGUAUACAUGCGACUUACUAAUACAAAGGGGGCGCCUCUUAUUAAACGAACGCUUCGGAGAAACAAAUUUCGACGCAAAAUUGUGGAGAAGAGACAUCUUGGCUGGCCUCAUCUCGAUUUGUUUCGACUAUGAAUACUCCUUCGAUAUAUUCCCGUUGUACAACGUCACACAUUUGGGCCACCCUAACAUCGGCUUUACUGAAAUUCAAACGCCUGACAAUAUCAUUAUACCCCCAGACACUCUUCUUAAAAUGGGUGACGAACUCUACAAAUCUUAUCAAUGUUAA